UUUGCAUCGGCGAUUGCAAAUAAACUCUUUCAGCUGCUUCAAAAUGGCUGACAUCCCUGCAAAUGCGAGUGAACAUUGCCCUGGCACAGGUAGUGAAUCAGCAGGAAAGGUGGCAGCAUGUCAAGGUUGCCCCAACCAGUCUUUGUGCGCUUCUUUGCCAAAGGAGCCAGACCAAGCGAUACAGGAAAUCCAGCAAAAGCUAUCCUGUGUAAGACACAAGAUUGUUGUCCUGUCUGGAAAAGGUGGCGUUGGCAAAAGUACUUUCACUGCACAUCUUGCACAUGGUCUGGCUGCAGAUGACAACAUACAGGUUGGUGUGCUUGACAUUGAUAUUUGUGGUCCCUCUAUUCCAACCAUCAUGGGUGUACAGAAUGAACAGGUUCAUCAUAGUGCUUCUGGAUGGUCCCCAGUUUAUAUUUCUAACAACUUAGCUGUGAUGUCUGUGGGAUUUCUCUUGAAAGGCCCUGAAGAUGCUGUUAUUUGGAGAGGACCGCGAAAAAAUGGUCUGAUCAAGCAGUUUUUGCGUGAUGUGGACUGGGGUCAGCUGGAUUACUUGCUCAUAGACACUCCACCAGGUACCUCUGAUGAACAUCUAUCCAUAGUGCAGUACCUCAGCCAAACACAACUAGAUGGUGCCAUUGUCCUCACAACACCUCAGGAAGUGUCAUUGAUUGAUGUUCGUAAAGAAAUCAACUUCUGUCAGCGUGUUGGGUUACCAGUAAUUGGUGUGGUGGAAAACAUGAGUAUCUUUAUAUGUCCAAAGUGCAAGAAAGAUUCCUAUAUUUUUCCACCAUCAACUGGAGGAGGGGAAAAGAUGGCAGCAGAUUUCAGGGUACCCUUUCUAGGCAGGCUGCCACUGGACUCACGAAUAGGCAAGUGCUGUGAUGAAGGAAAGUCAUUUCUGGAAGAAGUGACAGAUUCACCAGCAACACAGGCUUUUGUACAAAUUAUUCACAAAAUCCAAGCUCAUUGUUCCCAAGAACAAUCCAGUAGAGAGACUGAGACGGGGGAAGCUAUGGAUGAAGGCUAGAAAAAGUGGAGAAACUAUCAGAGAACCGUGACUGUUUUCAGAUACCAGUGAAUGGAUGUUAAUAACAAAUCCAUCGUUUUAAACAAUUAUAUUGAAACAUGAUUUCAAGAAUGAGUGGAAGGUUUAUCAUGAUCAUCAUUAAGAUAGGGAUAAAGGAUAAGAUUAUAUCAUGUAGUCUUGGUCAAAGUGCUUUUGUAAACUACGAAACCCAUGAUUUUAGGGACACUGUUUUGGGGAUCUAAGAAGAUAAACUUUCCAAAUAGAGAAAAUUCUGGCCCUUGAACAGUUGAAGGUUUUUUUAUGCUUAAUGUGUUCUGUUUAUUUGCAAACCCUUUUGGAGAAUUGAUUGUAUUUGCUUUUAAUGUAUAAUCAAUGAAAUUAUAGAAUUAAAAUAACUUUGCUUAUUAUUAUUAUUAAUUAAACAUUUCAGAGGUAUACUUCUAAUAGAUAAAUCUAUCAUCGUUGUUCAGAACUUGGUGUUGGGUUUGUUUGGUUUUUUUCUGGGGGGGGUUCAGAUGAGAAUUGAGUAUAUAAUGGUAACAUUACAGUAAAAGCAGUUAAAUACUACAUUUAUGUUAUAAGAAAAACUCAGAAAUACUGUCAUUUCAAAAAACAGCCAUAACGAAAGGUCAACCUGCCUCUCUAUGUUAGCUGUCAUAUUUUCUCUUACCCAUUUUGGUCCAGCUCGCAUUAGCCUAGCAUCUCUCAAGCUAUGUCUCAUAUACUUAAAAAUAAAUAAUAAAGACAAAGGCUUUAAAAAAAUAAACAAUGAGAAAAACAUGUUUA